AUGGACGACAUUUACAUGCUGGAGGAGUACCUGGCUUGCCGGAGGAGGGAGAAGGCAGCCGCCGCCGCCCAGGCCGCGGCAGCGGCAGGAGAGAGGAAGGCGGCCGCUGCUCGAGAAUCCCUGGCGGAGGUCGGCAAGGAGAAGAGGAGAUACGAAGGCUCUGCUCUGAGAGUUAUUGAGAGCGGCAGUAGAACCAAAAGUAGUACUGUUCUGGGCGAAGAAGAGAAUGUCUUCGGUAUGAAGGAGCUGAAACACAACAUCGCCCUCAAGGUAACAAGAGACGAACAUGGGUCAGAAUUUUCUCUUAACGACGAGGAAAUGGUGAUGAUGUGGGCUCAUGGGCAUAUGGACUCCUCUUCUAAACGGGGUGCAAUGGAUGAGGAUGAUCGGGGAUCAAGUAGGGAACAGUCUCCUGACCUUCAUGACGAGGACACCAACAAUGCUAUGAUAGAUCUGGGGUCGGACAUUGAAGAGGAGGAUGAAGGUGCAAUGAAACCACCCUCGAUUAUUGGUGAGGAGAUAGGACGUGCACCAUCCAUUUUAGCUCGUUGCAGGAGUCCAGCAUUAUUGAGGGGACGAUUUUUAAGAAAUGGUGCAAUGACACAUGAUGAUCAAGAGAGGUUGCCUUCAAUUGCAGAAAGAGAAUUAGGCCAGUUAAGGCAACAUCAUCGUGUCUCUGGUCUAAGCAUCAACACUGAGGUAGAGGCUCAACCUAGUGAGGAUGUUAACAUUAACCGAACUGUAGAGAGAGAGGAGAUACUUGAGUUGGAGAGUAGUCAUCGUCAUGAUACUCAUGAUAUUCAUGAAACUCCUGCUGAUGUUGCUGAGCAACAAGAAGAUACAGGACAAGAUAGAUUAGGCUGGGAACCAAAUAUUGUUGAAAACAUGGAACAGGAUUGGCCACUGGAAACCGCUGGGCAUGAUUUUGAAGAAGAUAGUCCUCUACUUGAAGUUCAUGAAGAAUGGCAUGAGGAUGAACUCCUUAGUAGGAGGAGUGUUUCUAACCUUCUUCACAGCGGAUUUCAUGAAAGUUUAGAUCAAUUAAUACAAUCCUAUCCUAUGUUCAACGACAAGGCACAACUCCAUUCAACUGGGAUAUGGGCAGACCACUGCUUACACUUACACCGUGUUUUGCCAUUUUCCUGGAUGGGCAUCACUGAUGUCAUUUUAAGUGUGACGUUAAGGGAAUGGGAUGCUCUCAAUGACUUAAAGGCAGAAAUGGCUAGGAUGCAACAGGGAAUGAAUAAUAUGCAAAGAAUGGUGGAAGCUUGCAUGGAAAUGCAAGUGGAGUUGCAACGUGCAGUUAGACAGGAAGUCUCUGCAGCGUUGAAUCGGUCUUCUGGAGCCCCUGUGAAGAUAUUGAUAUCAAAGUUUAAAGCAUUUUGCACCAAGCAUUAUCCCAAACCUCUUUAUUGCAUAUUUGCAGCUCUAAUUCCACUGUAUGGUGUUUUGUUUCCAUGA